UAUUGACAACAUUAGUGAGUGUUUAGCCGUAUUUAGGGAUCAAUUAAAUCAAGACAUCACUUGUUUUGUGCGACAAUCGGUUUGAAUCAGUCGUUAAGCCAUGAGUUCUGGGAAUCAAUUGAAUCGCAAUGUGUUAACCAAACGCCACAAAUGGGCCAUCAGUUUCUCCAACAAGGUGAAGAGUGAGAGGAGCGCAGAGUUGAGUUCACCGCCCGGUUAUAGCUGUCAAUCGUCUUCAAUACAUAUCGACUCGAGUCGUCCCACAGAUCACAGUCUGAUUGUGAAGAAGUCGUGGGACAUAGCGUUGGCACCGAUGAAACAGAUCCCAAUGAAUCUGUUCAUAAUGUAUAUGUCGGGCAAUUCCAUCUCCAUCUUCCCUAUAAUGAUGGUCGGAAUGCUUUUCCUCAGACCUAUCAAAGCACUCAUUCAAAUCAAUACAACGUUCAAAAUGAUUGAAGGAAAUCAAUCAAUACUUCAGAAACUGAUUUAUUUUGUCGGAAAUCUGCUGUGCGUUGCGUUAGCUCUCUAUAAGUGUCAGUCAAUGGGUUUAUUGCCCUCACAUGCGAGCGAUUGGCUCGACUUCAUUGAAUCGCCGCAACGGAUCGAGUUCUCCGGCGGAGGCAUCGCUUUCUAACCACUGGUUUUGUGUCCGUUUGUGUCAUCACUUCUUCAGUAUUUUAUUUCUCAAUUGAUUUCUUUUAAAACAAUUGCUUUUUCUACAGAUUU